UUCUCGCCAAAAAUGCCGCUGGAAAGUUUCACCAUCGGCAAAGUGAUCGGUAAGGGAAGUUAUGGAGAGGUUUAUUUGGCGAAGCAUCGCAAAGAUCGAAAGCAGUAUGUUAUGAAGAAGGUCGACCUUUCUAAAGCCUCUGAAAGGGAAAGGAAAGCGGCUGAACAAGAGGCAAAAUUGUUAUCUCAGUUGCGGCAUCCCAACAUUGUUUCUUACCGGGAAUCGUUUCAAGAUGAAUCAGGAUUUCUCUAUAUCAUAAUGAACUUCUGUGAGGGAGGUGAUCUGUAUACAAAGCUGAAAGCACAGUCUAAAGAAGGAAAAGUACUUGAAGAGACACAAGUUGUUGAGUGGUUUGUCCAAAUAGCCAUGGCAUUGCAGUAUAUGCAUGAGAGGAAUGUUCUUCACAGAGAUCUAAAAACCCAAAACAUUUUUUUGACAAAGAGCAAGAUAAUCAAAGUUGGUGAUCUUGGUAUAGCAAGAGUUUUGGAAACAUCCUAUGAUAUGGCAACCACAAUGAUUGGAACGCCAUACUAUAUGUCUCCAGAGCUAUUUUCUAACAAGCCUUAUAACCAUAAGUCUGACGUUUGGGCUUUAGGCUGUUGCUUGUAUGAGAUGUGCACAUUGCGACAUGCAUUCAAUGCAAAGGAUAUGAGUUCUUUAGUUUACAAGAUACUUAAAGGAAAGAUUCCACCUCUGCCAUCAAAUUACAGUACUGAUCUGCGUGGGAUUGUGCAGAGUAUGUUGGAAUUAGAACCCGAGAAGAGACCCAGUGCCUCACGCCUUUUACGUCACACGUACAUCAAGAAACAGAUUGCUCUUUUCCUUGAGGGAACAAAAAAUAGACAAAAGCAGAAAACAGUUUCAAAGGAAGAACGAACCGCUAGUGCUAAAUCAAAAUCAUCUUCAUCAGAACCGCCCAAAUUAGAUUCUGGAUACGUAGGAUCUGUAUUUGAAGCUUCUAUCGCGACAGUUUCUGCUGUAGAUUGUGUUUUAGUCGACGAGAAGUCAGCAAAACAAUCACCAAAGCCUUCAUCGAGAAAUGACCAUGGUAGAUCUUCGGUAGAUUCCACAAGUUCGUCGAAUAGCUCUUCUGAAAAAGGAAGAACGGAGGUGGAUGUCAAGAAAACUGAGCAGAAAAAUGUUGUGGAUUUAAAACAAAAAGAACUGAUAAGGAAACAAAUGGGCGAGAGGAAGAAGUCGGCUGGUAGUGAGAGGACAAGUAAUAAACAGUCAGUGAAGGAGAGAGGUGGUGAAGGAAAAGAUGUUCCUGUCAGGAGAUCUUCGGAGGAUGUAAAGAAAGCAGCAGGUUUGGAGGAGAAGAGAGGUAAACCUAGUCCUGCCAAAUCAAGAACGCCCAAAGCGGAGCGACCCUUGCCCCAGCCUCCCAAAGGAGGACCUCCUGGGGGAGAUUUGCCUGCGUCAAGAAGUCCCAGAGCGAGGCGAAGAUACAAAGUAACGUCCAGUUCACACGCGGCCAGAUCCCAAUACGCCGAGGAAGAGGAGGAAGAAGAGGAAGAUGAUAAGAGUAACGCGGAUUCCGAAUCAAGUGCCAAGUCUGUUAGUGAAAGCACACCUUCGAGUGGCUUAUCGGCCCGUGAAAGACGACGGCUUAAACAGAAACAAAAGGGUGACAAAAACGUACCUACCCCACCCUCAGCACCUGUACUUCCCUCACCUAGUGAAGUGAUCGCCGCCAAGGUCAAACGUUCUCAAGAGAGCAGUCCAGGAGCCACUCCUAGGCAGGGGUCAGCGGGCGGCGAUCCUAGACGUCAGCUGAGUUCGGAGGGAUUUGAUAUCCCAGAUGGAGCCAGGCCUGUCGUGCGACAAGGAUCCGGCAAUGUUUCAAACACGGAAUCAGUUGAACAGGACAGCGACUCGGACUCGGAGCUGGAGGAGAUUAAUAUGGAUGAACCUUCUGCCUCUGCGCAGAGGAAUCCGCGCAGACAAAGUGACGUCACGUCUCUGAUCACUGCACUGGACACCACCUUGAAAAUGUCAAAUGCCGGUGCUGACAGAGAUUCCCCGGAUGUGGAUGCUGUGCUUGAAACACCAGAGGAGGAAGAACCCCUGGAUGUACCCUUUGGAGGAUCGCCCACAGCAUCCGGGAGAUUACGAGACCGAAUAGAGCGAUUAAGAAGGGAAUGUUUACGCGGAAUCGGCGAAGACCUGCUGAUAGAAGCGUAUAAUAUUAUUAACACCCAGGAAGAAGACUAUGUUGAGGAGGCCCUGGUUCGUCUGAUGGGAAGAGAAAAUUUUGAGAAAUAUGGUGGAACAGUUUGGCAGCUAAAGUUCCUUGAAGAAUAUAAAAUGCACUAAGCCGACUUUAAGGUCCUUAAAAGAACAUUAAACUCCUGUAGAUAUCUCGAUUAUUGCUGUUUUUCCAUAUCGCUGUCUAGAAGUGGAAUAUGAAGAGCGUAGCUUGUUCCAGCUCUUGGUUGAAGCGAGCGUUGAGCGGUAGUUGAUUUUUCAAAGAGAGGCCCCCUUUUUCGCCUGAUUUUGUUGACCGAGGGCUAUAAAUAUCGUUGCUCUCUCAACAGAGCGCGGGUACGAGGAGACUUCGCCAACAGUCAAUACUAAAAGUCAUGUACAUACUGAAGUUAAUUGAUCCUAAUUGAAAACGAAUUAAGAGAAAGGAGAAAUAAAUAUGUAUCAUUUCACAGA